GACGCAGGCAUUUAGCUACUCUUUCGUUUUAACUAACUGAAACUAAUCUCAGUGUGUCUUCGGCUAUUCAUUGAAAAACUAAUGAAAUGGUGAACAACAUGGUUUAUUAAACUUGUUUGAAAGCUUCAUUUCAAUUGGACAUUGAAUUUUUCGACAACUUUACAUGCUGUUUGAUUUUUGCUUUACAGGUUGUCUGACGAGCAAAGUUUAACGUUGAAAAUGGUACUGCUGUUAUACAUCCUCUCUCUAAAUGUUGGAUUUGCUACUGGCAGAUGUUAUGGUGAUACUGACAUGCAUUUCUCUGACAGUUAUGCUAAAGCCCUGCCCAGAAUACCCGGAGAUAAAUUGUGUCGGCUACGUAUUAACUACCCAAAAUUAGAGAUUAUUCCUGACUACUUUUUCCAACGAUUCAGCGAGUUAAGGUAUCUUUUUUUCUACAGUGGAAGUUUCUUGUAUCUUUCCAAACAUACAUUAACUGGACUAACCAAUCUUACAGAUUUGACUAUAACCAAUUCACACCUGCAAGAAAUUCAUCCAGAAGCAUUUGCUGGAUUAAAGAAUUUGGCUUACCUACGUCUUAGAGGAAACAAAUUACGCAACAUACCACAGGGAACUUUCUCGAAUCUUCCAGUUUUACGAUAUAUAGACGUGCAGCAAAACUUCCUCCAUAGUAUUAACUUUGCGCAGAAAAUGACUUCACUUAACACUCUUUACCUAUCAAGCAACAGAAUUCAAAAUGUUUCAAGCAUCUUUUACAAAGAUUUACCAAACUUGAAUUACCUUGAUCUUUCCAACAACAUAAUAGAAGUGAUAUCAAAUGAAAUAAUAAAAAGCACUCGUUUGACUCAUUUAUAUCUUCAAAAUAAUAAAAUUAAAGUGUUGGAAAGGCGAUAUUUCAAAGGAGCAAAAUAUUUGACAAUACUCAACUUGCGUCACAAUCAGAUUAACCGGAUAGAAGCCAUGACUUUCAGUGAUACUAAAAUGCAAUAUUUAAACUUAGACAAUAAUAAGCUUAUAACGCUCACAAGUUACAGUUUUUAUGGGCUAACACAAUUGUACACAUUAACUUUGAACGAUAACGCUAUACGAAACAUACAGAAGGAUGCAUUUCUGGGAACAAAUGUGUUCAAUAAAUUAUCAAUUAAAAGGAAUUUUAUUAACGUCAUUUAUCGUGGUGCUUUUUCUGGAAUGACGGACAUGAAGAUAUUGAAACUUUCUAAAAAUAAUAUUGAAAAAAUUAAAAAUGGAACAUUUGAAGGAUGUUCGUCGCUUGAACAUUUACACUUAGAUUACAAUAAAAUUUCAAAAGUUGAAGAAAAUAGCUUAACACCGCUAAAGAACUUGAAGGAAUUAAAUUUACAAUCGAAUCAAAUCACAAAUCUUGUACCGCAUACUUUUACUUUACCAAAGGCCGUUAUUAUCCAGUUACAAAACAACAAUAUUCGAAAAAUUUCAAGCAACGCAUUUUAUGGAGCUGGUAAUUUGACAUUUCUUUACAUCCAAAACAAUUUGAUCUCAGAUGUCGCAAAAAAUGCAUUUGAAGGUUUGGGAAAAUUGAAAUACAUAACUUUUCAACAAAACCAGAUUUAUGAGCUACCUAUUGAAAUUUUUCAACCAUUGUUAGUUGUAGCACAUGUUGACUUAUCCUACAAUGCUAUAGCUGAAUUUGAUUUUAGAAUUUUUACUAAGAAUACUGAAAUCACUGAGGCACACCUUAACAAUAAUCAAAUUGCCACAGUACAUAAUUCUCUGGUAAAAGAAUUACAAAAUUUGGUGAAAAUAGAUUUGCACCACAAUAAAAUAAAAACUUUAAAAAGUUCAACCUUUGCGACAUUCCCAUGCCUAUCACACUUGGAUUUGCGCAAGAAUGAAAUAACUGAAAUACCAUCAAAUGUGUUUCGUCAACUGCGAAAUAUAACUCACAUUGAUUUAAGCAGUAACCAAAUACAAACAUUGUCAUAUAAUGCGUUUUAUGGUGUUGAAUUGCUAAAGACAUUGUAUUUGCAUAAUAACAAGACAAGAGAAGUAAGCGGUACAACCUUCCCAUCUCUCCCUUUCCUGACAGAACUGAAGAUAAACAAUAAUUUGAUUGAAACAUUCUUAAGUGGUUUUCUGCAAAAGUUUAAAAAUCUGAAAAGGUUAUCCAUUGGAAACAAUAAACUUUCGAAACUAUCAGCUGGAAUGUUUAAGGAGCUAUCCCAUUUGGAAAUGUUAGAUGUCAGUAACAAUCAAAUUAGUAGUAUUGACAGUAACACAUUCAAAGAAUUGAAACGUUUGACGCUGCUAUAUUUAAGUCAAAAUAACAUACAUAAUCUAUCGGUUAAUCAGUUUGCAUUUAAUUGUAAUUUAACAGCGAUCAACUUAGAAAAGAACAGAAUAAAAAAAGUACAUCAAGGAGCGUUCGAUCAGCUGAAAAAUUUAAUGAAGUUGAAUUUAAAUAAUAAUAGGUUAGAGCGUAUCACAGGGAGUACAUUUGAUUACUUAGUUAAACUAGGUGAGUUGCGUAUUGCAGGAAAUCGUCUAAAAACACUACCUGAAGUAUCUUUUGCUAAAUUACGGAAUAUUAUAACGUUAGAUUUAAGCCGGAAUAUCCUCAAUGAACUUCCAAACAAUAUAUUUCAAAACACCAAACAGUUAACACAUAUACAUCUGAAUCAAAAUAAGCUUUCAAAUCUACCAUUGUCAAUCACAAAUUUAAAUCAUUUACAAUAUCUUGAUUUAAGUCAUAAUUUAUUCGAUUUUUUCUCACCUGCUCUAUUGGUCAAAUCAAUUCAGUUAAGAUACAUUAAUCUACAGAAUAACUCUAUUAAGAGUUUAAAUAGCGGAGAAUUCUACAAACUCACAAGUCUUAAAACUCUCAACUUGGCAAAUAAUCACCUAGAGAUUUUACCAGAAAGUUUGUUCAAUGAAUCUAUGUACAUAACAGAUUUAAAUUUAAAUGGCAACAAGUUAAGAGCUAUUCAACACUUUCUAAAACUGCCAAUGUUACUAAAUCUCGACCUUGGAAAUAAUCAAAUUUCUACCAUAUAUCAUGUUGCUUUGAGAGAAAUGAUAGCGCUUGAAUAUUUGGAUGUAUCUGGCAAUAAGUUAAAAGAUUUCACAAGCAUUCUCGAUACAAAUAUAAAUCUUCAAAAGUUAAAUUUGACAAACAACAAGAUUAGCGAUGCUAACUUUUUGGGAUUAAUAAAUUUUACUAAUUUACGUGAACUAUCAAUCAUUGAUUUAUCUGAAAAUCGGAUUACAAGUAUCGAAAAACAGACUUUCGGGAAAAUAAACUCGAUCAAGGAGUUGCUGUUGGCUAAUAAUUCUAUACAAUUACUAGAUCCUGAAAUCACAAAAAAUCUUCCUAGUGUUCAACUGAUCGACAUUCGACAUAAUAAGUUCGUUGUGAUUGCAAAUUUUCAGAAUUCGUGAAAAAAUGUCCAAGAGGAAUAGUUAUAUUAAGUAGAUGCAUUAGUUCUACUUCGACUAAUGCGUCCAAUACCUUCAUAUUUGAUGACGACAAAAUUUGCAGAAAUAAUGGUACAUGUACUUACAGAGAAUUACAAUAUGGUUGUCUGUGCCCUAUUAACUACAAUGGACUGUACUGCGAAAACAAUAGAUAUGACGGGAGAAAAAACAGAGGAGAAACAAAACAGCGGAUUAUAACUGUUUCCAUGUGUUCUUUGGGUUGCCUUCUUCUUAUCCUGAUUAUAGUCGUUAUUUUGAAGAGAUGGCGAAAAUCUAGAAUGCUUAAGAAAAGAAAUUCAGCUGAACAAGUCGAUACAGAUGUCGAUUUUCUAUCCAAUAGACAAAGCGAAUCCACGUAUACCGAAAUAACCCAGCCAGCUUAUCAGUCAGAAUAUCAGGAGUUACGCGUCGUGAAUAGACCCGCCAUGGUGAAAAAGGAAAUGAUAACACACAAAAGAAUUGAUGGUAACCAAGACACAGCAGAAGAUACACGGGGAGACACAAGGGAUGCAAAACGGAGAUGCAGAAAAUAACCGAUUUGGUUAAACACUAAAAAAAGUAUGCAAAAAGUCAUACAGUAUUUAAUGUAAAUAUUAUGAAUGCUACAUGCUAAGUUAAGCAGGUAAUCUCUAUGGAAUGCAGUUAUAAUUUUUUUUUAAUAUAUCUGUUAAAUUUGUUUAUAAAGUGCUUUCCUCACAGCAAAGUAGAUAUUUGGACGGGCUUUAUAGAGCGAUAACCUAUGUUUUUUUAAACUUCUAAACGAUAAUAAUUAGUUCCUUCGUCGGUAUACUUUUGCAUAAGCUUUAAUUUAAAUAAAUGUCUCGGCUAGUUAAGUUUUUUUGCUCCUAUAAAAACUUUGUUUUAUUUAGAAAAUGUAUGCAUGUAUAUGUUUCGUCAGAAUAUUUUUUUUUUCGUACAUGUUUGUUUGCGUUUACAAUCAAAUAAUGAGUGGAGCAAGUAGAAGACAUAUUUUGUCAUCAUCAAGGUCCAUCUAGUUGAGAUAGGUUAAUGAGAGGAGGUUAAAAUUAACGUAAAGAAAAAAUAUUUACAAUACCUCUAGAGUUGUAAAAAAUUACAAAAAUGUGAUACUAAAAAUAUCGCGAAUAAUCUAAAUCAUUAAAUAACAAGACAUUUUUUGUGGUUUUUUUACAAUGCGUCAAAAUGGUCACUAGAAAGGUCUUUGGAAUGUUAAAAUUGUUUAUUGAAUAUCUUGUGUAAUACCUGUGUUUUAUUUCUAGAAACUGAUUUGUGAAGGCCUUGGGUGCAAUGCCAUACCUAAUUUUAUACAUAAAUAACAAAACCUGGUGUAUGUUCUAUUUAUAGAUACUCAAGGCCCUUAUUUUUCUCAAUAAAGGUUCUACUGUGGUGUAUCUGUCCUUGCCAAAUAUUAUACAACAUGCGUGCUUCUGUUUACUGUAAAUUUUUGUAAGCUUAGAAUGAUUAGUGCUAGCCCAGACAAUGUUACAAUAUGUUAAGUAGUGUUUAUAUAAAAAAGGGAAAGCUUAAUCAGAUCAAACACAUUUUUUACGACGUUGACACUUAUUUUAUCAAUACCAGCACUUUUGUUGCUUUGUAAGCUGUUAAAAGCAGUACUCAAUUCGGCCAUUGUUAUAUUAUAUUCUUCCAUCCUACUGUCAUACCUUUUCAGAUAUAGAGACAAAAUGCUUUCUACUUGAUGGGAUUUUUUCCGAGAGGCUUAAACCAAUGUUUACAAAAAAAUCGUUCAACCCAUUUGCUAUAGAUGCUGUGUCAUUUAUCAUUUUCCCAUUAAGCGACAAACAUUUUGGUAGAUCAUUGCUUACAUUUUUAGAUUUACCAAAAAUUUCCUUUAUAAUAUUCCAAGUUGCUUUAGUGUCAUUUCUAGACUUUUGGAGUAAAAUGGAAUAAAGAUUCUUUUUAGAAACUUUUUUAGUUUUUUUAGUAAGUUUUUUUAGCAAAAAAUGUCAUGAAUUUUCCAAUUGACUUUAUUUGUUUCAUUUUUACAGUAUGAAAUAUUCAUUUUUUUAUACUUGAGUGAAUAACAGUAGAUUUUUCGAUAGUCUUUAUUAGACUAAUUCUGUGUGUCUGUAACAAGCAAGGUGGUGGUGGUGUGUUAUUUUUUCUUAAACAAUACUGUACGCUUAUCCUUAUGCAGAAACCUUGGUUAUUAUAAAAACGGUAUUGUUUAUAAUUAAUUUCUUUUGUUCCUGUAAUAAUCUUGGUUAAGUUAAAAAAUUAACAUUUAUUAGUGUGUACAGACUACUUUUGUAUAUUUUAUUCUCGUUUAAAUAAAAUUAAACAUUUUGUCGUAA